AAAGCAUCAAACUACCUGAGCUCAGAAAGCAGUGAGUGUUGACAGAAGAAGAGGAGAUAAAAGCAGGGAAUGUUGUGACACACUCCUGACCUGAAGGCCUCACUGGUCAGACAGAGGGGGUGUGCUCAGCUGGGGCUUUACUUGAUUUGUUUCCACUGGCUCUUUGUGAUUUUGCUGUGCCUGUCGCACCGUUGGAAACAUGUCGUCUGUCUCUGUACCUCCACCAAAAUGUCUGCAGAAACCGCUGUCGGUUCCACAUCGUCACAUGUUUGGACCAGGACCUUCCAACGUUCCUCCUCGCAUCUUGGAGGCAGGGGCCAAUCCUGUCAUUGGACACAUGCACCCAGAGAUAUUUGAGAUAAUGAGUGACAUCAAAAGUGGAGUCCAGUACAUGUUUCAGACUCAGAACAGUAUGACUUUAGCUGUGAGUGGCACUGGCCACACUGCUAUGGAGUGUGCCAUCUUCAACACAGUGGAGCCUGGGGAGAAUGUGCUGACUGCAGUGAAUGGCAUAUGGGGAGAGCGAGCAGCAGAGAUGGCAGAGAGGAUAGGUGCCAGAAUAAAUACCAUUGUGGCACCUCCUGGGGGCUUCUUCACUAAUGUAGAAAUUGAACAGGCCUUAUCAAAAUACAGGCCAGUCCUGUUCUUCCUUGCACAUGGUGAAUCUUCAACAGGAGUCCUGCAUCCUUUAGACGGCAUCGGACAGCUGUGUCAUAAGUAUAACUGCCUGUUUCUGGUAGACUCUGUGGCUUCCAUGGGAGGAGCUCCUCUAUACAUGGACCAGCAAGGGAUAGACAUCUUAUACACAGGCUCUCAAAAGGUCCUGAAUGCCCCACCGGGUACUGCACCCAUCUCCUUCAGUGAGAGAGCAUGUCAGAAAAUAUUCAACCGAAGGACAAAGCCUGUGUCAUUCUUCUUGGAUUUGAGUUGGCUUGCAAACUACUGGGGAUGUGAUGGCAAACCAUCGAGAAUAUAUCACCACACAGGUCCAGUCUCUGCUUUUUACUCUCUGCGGGAGAGUCUGGCUGUCCUUGUGGAAGAGGGUGUGGAGAAGUCCUGGGAGAGACAUCAACAAGUGGCUGAAUAUUUCCAUGCAGGCCUAGAAAGCAUGGGUCUCAAACUUUUUGUCAAAGAAAAAAAAGCAAGACUGCCUACAGUUACCACUAUUGUUGCUCCUCAUGGGUAUGACUGGAAAGAGAUCACAACCUACAUCAUGAAAACACAUAAUCUGGAAAUUUCUGGAGGACUUGGACCAUCAGUUGGCAUGGUGUUGCGUGUGGGAUUGAUGGGAUGUAACAGCAGCAAGGCCAAUGUUGACAUGGUGCUGGCAGCACUGAAGGAUGCUCUGAAACACUGCCACAAGAGCAAAGUGUGACAUGGUGUUGUUGGAUGUUGGAAUCUUGAAUCUGUGCUACUAUUAUAAGCAAGAGAUUAUGUAUAAGAAAUAAAUGAUUAUUCUCAGUAA